CGGAGGACUACAACUUCCAGCAGCCUCGCGGGUCGCGGGUCGCGUGGGGGGGUUCUUGUCACGUGGGCGCUCGGCCUGGGCGGGCUACUUCUCAGUGCGGUGGCGGCGGCGGCGGCGGCGGCUCGGGGCACCGGGACCUUUUGUCUCGAGCGGCUGCGGGGAGGCCCCGGAACGGCGAGGCCGGCGGCCUUCCCCAGCUUGCUCGGUCCCGGCCGCCCCUCGCGGGGGUGGGGGCCGCCCCCUGGGCCGGGCGUCGCCCUAGGCGCCGCCGCCCCGCCCUAAGUCCGCCUCGCCCGGCCCAGCCCGGCCCGAGGGGAGGAACCGGCUGGGCCUCCUAACGCGCGCGGCCGCCUCCGGAGUCGCUGCUCCGCUUCCCCGCGCUCCAGACCCGAGGCCGCCCCUCGCCCCUCAGGCCGACGUCAUGAAGAUCAAGGAUGCCAAGAAGCCGUCUUUUCCUUGGUUUGGCAUGGACAUUGGAGGAACGCUAGUAAAGCUCUCAUACUUUGAGCCUAUUGAUAUCACAGCAGAGGAAGAACAAGAGGAAGUUGAGAGCUUAAAAAGUAUUCGAAAAUACUUGACUUCUAAUGUAGCAUAUGGAUCCACUGGCAUUCGGGAUGUGCACCUUGAACUGAAGGAUUUAACACUUUUUGGUCGAAGAGGGAACUUGCACUUUAUCAGAUUUCCAACCCAGGACUUGCCUACUUUUAUCCAAAUGGGAAGAGAUAAAAACUUCUCAACAUUACACACGGUGCUAUGUGCUACAGGAGGUGGUGCUUACAAGUUUGAAAAAGAUUUCCGUACAAUUGGAAACCUCCACCUGCACAAACUGGAUGAACUGGACUGCCUUGUAAAGGGCUUGCUGUAUAUAGAUUCUGUCAGUUUCAAUGGACAAGCAGAGUGCUAUUAUUUUGCUAAUGCCUCAGAACCUGAGCGAUGCCAAAAGAUGCCUUUUAACCUAGAUGAUCCCUAUCCACUGCUGGUAGUGAACAUUGGCUCAGGCGUCAGUAUUUUAGCAGUCCAUUCCAAAGACAACUAUAAGCGAGUGACUGGGACAAGCCUUGGAGGGGGUACCUUUCUGGGUUUAUGCAGUUUAUUGACUGGCUGUGAAAGUUUUGAAGAAGCUCUUGAAAUGGCAUCCAAAGGUGAUAGCACCCAAGCUGACAAGCUGGUCAGAGAUAUUUAUGGAGGAGACUACGAAAGAUUUGGUCUGCCAGGUUGGGCUGUAGCAUCUAGUUUUGGAAAUAUGAUUUAUAAAGAGAAGCGAGAAUCUGUUAGUAAAGAAGACCUGGCAAGAGCUACUUUAGUUACUAUCACCAAUAACAUUGGUUCUGUGGCACGAAUGUGUGCUGUAAAUGAGAAAAUAAACAGAGUUGUCUUUGUUGGAAACUUUUUACGUGUCAAUACUCUCUCAAUGAAACUUUUGGCAUAUGCACUGGAUUAUUGGUCAAAAGGUCAACUGAAAGCAUUGUUUCUAGAACAUGAGGGGUACUUUGGAGCAGUUGGUGCUCUUCUUGGGCUGCCAAAUUUCAGCUAAGGUAUCAAAUUUCUCUGCUAAUGUCAUAAAAGAAGCUGAGACUGGAGACAUUUACCACUGCAUUGUUUGUCACUGGGAACCAAAGGAUAAAAGUAGCAUUAUUCUUGUUGUUUUCAAAUGUCAAGAUGGUAAGCUCAUGAGUAUUGUACUACUAAAAAUGAGAGCUGUAUAACAUGUGAAGUGUUUCUCAUUGAAAUGUUUUUCCUUUUGUAUAUAGCCAGUGUUAAGUCUCUUAAGUGUAGUCUGUCCUCUGGUUAUGAAGCUUUCUCUCAAAAAGAUUUUCUGUUCAUUUUAUGUAGUCAACAUUGCAGUACUGUAUAUUCAAUCAAAUCUCAAAAAUACAAGAAAUGUUUUACGAAAAAUAAUUGAUUCUGAGUAUUUGUUACACGUUUGUUUUAUGUGCAUUUUGGUCACUUGUGAGCAAACAGAAACAUACUCUGUAUCAACAUUUAUUGUAAUGGCAAUCAGAAAUGAUCGUUUUAUGUGAUUUUAGAAAUGUGAAGGAGUUAUUGUAGUUUUUCUAACAUACCCCCUCAGAAGAGCAUGUUUAUAUCUUUGCCUAGAAAUAAAACUUUUCUCAAAUGCACAAUUUAAUUGAACAUAAUAGUUUAACUGCAAUACUAUUGGUGAAUGUUAGCCUGAAUUUUAAAAUGGCUAGAAAACGCACAUUUGUUAACACUACACUUUUCUGUAUUUUGUGAAUUGAUUAACAUGUGUUAAAAGGCUUAAUACCUUUGAAUUGCAGGUUUAAUUAUUUUGGAGUUUGUAUAAUAAGGUUCUUGGACUAUCCAAAUGGAAUAUGGUUUGUAUGAAUUGAUGUUUCUUAGGUCUCAAUUUGCGUAUUUCUUCUCAUUAAUUAGAUCUGAACCGUGGAAGCUAAGGGUUUGUUAUUUGAACAGCAGCAACAGAGUCACAUCUGUUCUAAAUGAAUGUUUUGAAACUUUGUAGGAGUCUGAAGCGGUGUUAACAGAUUAAAAAGGAUCAGUGUUUCAUAUAUUCUAGUAAUAAAAGCAUUAUAGUUCCAAAAUUUGUAAAUCCUUUUUUGUUUGAAAUCUAGUCUCUGUUUUGAAUUCAUUUAUAGGGGCUGGGGAAAUGGCUCAGUGGAAUAAGUGCUUCCCUGGCAAGCACAAUGGCCUGAGAUCAAUCCCUGGUUCUGAAAGAAAAAAAAUCAUUUAUAAUGUUACAAAAAUUUUCAGAUUUUUACAUUUACAGUAACAUUUUGAGGUCUAGUAUAAUCAGUGAAGUUAUUCAAGUCAGUUGCUGAUGGUAUAGGAAGUAGAAAGUCUGGGGAAGAAAUUCACCUAAAUUACCAGUCCAUCUGGACGUACUUUAAAGAGCUUAACAAUUGUUUACACUUCAAAGGAAGUAUUACCCACAUGUUGUUACCUGCUCCAGUGUUGCUCAGUAGAGAGCAGUUUUCAAUAGACUUAGCAAAGGAUAAAGACAUUUCUCUAUAGUUUUCUAGUCAAGUGUUUUAAAAUUCAGUUUUCUUUACCUAAAGACAUGAAUAUAUAAAUUACAGGAUUGAGAAUUUAAGGGGAAAAACAUGUAAGGGUAAUGGUUUAUUGUUUAGACUACUUGGACCUUUGAAUUCAGAUUUCCUAGUAGCUAUUGUAUAAGCCUACGGUGACUUCACAUAUCCUGCUUUAAGAUUUGUAUGACAGUGAGUGGAUAUUGUAGCUGAAAUACCAUAGGUUCGUUUUGUUAUAAAUGUUUUUGAUUUGGGUAAUUAUACAGAUAAGAAUUUAU